AUGAUCUUCAUCAACAAACAACAAACGGGUUACUACCGAGUGAACUACGACAAGCAGAGCUGGAAUCAACUGAUCAACGUGUUGAACAGUGAUCAGUUUGAGGAACGCAUUCCUGUCAUCAAUCGGGCCCAGCUUGUGGACGACGUUGCAAACUUGGCACGGGCUGGAGAAGUCUCCUAUGACGUUGCACUGUCGCUGAUGCAGUAUCUGAAGCGUGAAACCGAAUACAUACCCUGGAGCACGGCGUACAACGCACUGCUUCACCUGGAUUGGAUGUUUUCAGCUAGCGUUGAGUACGGGCGCUUCGAAAGCUACAUGCGUAAUCUCACCAGCUUUACUUACCGCCAAGUCGGACUUACGGGAAAAUUGGAUCACAUGAGCCAAUUGCAUCGAGAUAAAACCCUAUAUUUGGCUUGCUAUUUCGGGGUCCCACAGUGUAUGAGUGCGGCCAACAGCGUGCUUGAAACAGCAACGCUGAAAGAGUCCCUGGAUGUUCCUGCAGAUUUACAGUCCACCGUGUUUUGCGCCUUCAACAAGCAUAAACUAUCCGCCGGUUCCGCAUACGAGGUGGCCCUUUUUUACAAAUAUUUCCUAACACCAGACAAGUUCCAACCACUUGUGGACAGUUUCGUCACUAGUCUCGGUUGCUCACGGGACGCCGCCAUGAUACAGUUCUAUUUGACAAUGGUCGAAAUGAAUGUUCCCGGAAUCCCAAUUCCCGACGCUCUACGAAGCCACAUCCUAGUUAGUUUGAUCGAAGGUGGUCCGACUGCACGGCAAGCCGCACUUCAAUACGUUAGUAGCAACUUUAUGUCGCUGUCUCAGCUCCUGCCAGAGCAAACGAUCGUCUCGAUUUUUGAAGCCAUCGGACCAAGCAUUAUUUCUUCACAGGAGUACGACAUGCUUGAGGUGACUUUGAACUUACAUGCCGAGUCAAUGGUUCCUUCGGUGGCAGAAGCCGCAAACCGUGCUGUCAAAGAAGCAGAGCAAUCGCUAAGUUGGAUAAGAAAGUACUCCGGAACCAUUGCUGAGUGGUUGGUGGCACAAAACUACGAAGGUGCUCCUCCGGAUCCUAGUGACAAUGGAGCAUCCACCACGAUAGUGGAACUUUCGUUAUUGAUAGGAAUAACCGUAAUAACGCACUGGAGUGGGCUGUAA